UUUAAAAUAUUUUCGUGUUUUUUCUUCUUUUCUCGUUCUCUCACCCGCCACACAGACACUCUCCUAUUUCAAGCCCUAACCAGGAACCAGCUCCGCCUCUACCCCAGCGAUCUCCACCACGGCGCCGCCUCCUGCAGCCACUGCUCACGACCCAUAACAGCACCAUUGCUUGAGAUUCAAAAUUGACAAUGGUAAGGCCUAAGAAACUGAAAUCAGAAGCAAAACCAGAAGAAAACACCAUCAAAGAGGACCUGAUCAGCAACCUACCAGACCCGGUACUUUGCCACAUCCUCUCAUUCCUCCCAACAAGAAGUGCCGUGGCCACCGGAAUCCUCUCUCGCCGGUGGCGCCACGUUUGGAAAGAUCUUCAAGUCCUUGACAUAUACGGGAGACCCUUUAUGGCGCCUGCGCAGGAAGCCAAGUUUAUUGCUUCUGUUGAUGCUAUUUUCGCCCAGCGCAAUCCACUCCCCAUCAAAAGCUUCAGAUUGUGUUGUGGGUUAACUGAUGAUGAAUCCCUCGAUAUGUGGGUUCAAGCCUGCGUUGGACCCCAUCUCCGCACCCUGUAUCUCGAUGUCACUCUCUCAUGUUUGGAGUUAUUUUUGCCUAGAGAUGUAUUCACAUGCAAAUCACUAGUGUCCCUUGUUUUGAAAUGUGAGUUUAUUUUGGAUAAUUUACCUUAUAAAGUUUGUCUCCCAUCCCUUAAGAACAUGGAGUUGGAUUUAACAGAUGUAGAUUGUGAUAAUCUUUUAUCUGGCUGCCCUGUUCUUAGAACACUUAAUGUCAGAUUAACUGAACCCUUCCAAAAUAAAUGGGUUGAGUUGCAUAGAAUUCGCAUGCCUCGCACCCUGAGGCGUUUAAUCUUUCAGGAGUCGAGGCCUAGCCAUAAUGAUAUUGGGCAUCUUGAGAUAAAUACCCCAUAUCUUGAAUACUUGCACCUCAAGAUACAAAGCCCUUGCUUACGGUUUGUGGUUGGAAAAUUUCCCAAGAUAAUGGAAGCGCAUCUUGAUAUUUUUCAGUGUGUUGAACUUGAGCAUGAUGUUGAUUGGGUGGCUAAGCUUCUUAAGGCACUAUGCAAAACAAAAUUUUUGGCAUUGAAAUAUUGCACAACACAGUGCUUAUUUCAAGCUGCAGCUUUAGAGCUUCCGAAAUUUCACAGUUUGCUCCAUCUAGAGCUUGAUUUUCUAUCUUUCAACUUCAACUUUGUGAUGAAUAUGCUUCAUAACUGUCACAUGCUUCAAGUUUUUGCACUUCAUAACCGAAAGCGUUAUUAUUCACAUCCAUUGGAAUAUGCUGGACCAGAGCCCCCAACCGGAGUUCCUAAUUGUGUGACAUCACAUCUCAAGACUUUUAAGUUUAGAGGAUAUGAAGACACUACAGAUGAACAUGAAUUGACUGCAUAUCUUCUAGAAAGAGGACUUGUAUUGGAGACAGCAACAAUUCAUCCUACGUCUGAUUUUGAACUACUGACAAAGUAUUAUAUUCUCAAGGGAUUAUCUGCCUUACCUAGGGGCUCUAAUAUAUGCCAGAUUAAAUUUGACACACUUGACUGACUAAACUGAUUUUGCAUAGGUUUUGAAGAUAGCCGUGAAGUAUUUUAUCAUCCACUGCAAUAUAUUUACCGAUUUGAUAUCUGCUACAGUUAAUCCUUCUAUUUACUUUAGAAGUUAGAUAGA